AUGCCGCCCAUGACAAGACCCCCAUCCCAUCAAGAUAUGACCACCGCCAUACCUAAACUAGAGACCUACUCUGCCCGCAACACCCCUCCCCCCUCCAUGGCAGGGGCAGAGUACACAGGCCAUCAUGAACCAGAGACAUUGGUGGGCCCGCCUAACUGCCUUCUGGCAAAACAGGAUGAGACGUAUGUAGCUCGGCUCCGAGCCGAGGUGGUCAACCCGUAA